AUGCCCGCGUGUUCUGCGUGCGGUGCACAUGCACCCGGCGGCCGUUUUUGCUCCGAGUGUGGUGCGCCAUUCAUCGUGAAGGAAGCACCGCCACUGCCGUACAACAACCAGCAACAGCAACAGCAGCAGCAGCAGUACCAGCAACAGGUUCUUCCGCGGUAUCACGAACAAGUUUGGACUGAAGAGCGCGACCAGAAGAGUUUGCUGUACCCGCCUCAUCAGGCGAGCGCUAACGUCCCUCCAGCACUGCCAUUCAACAACCAAAAGCAGCACCAGCACCAGCAGCAGUACCACCAGCAACAGGUUCUUCCGCGGUAUCACGAACAAGUUUGGAAUGAAGAGCGCGACCAGAAGGGUCUGUUAUACCCACCUCAUCAGGCGAGCGGCAACGCCCCACAGCCAGCGAUUCCUGUUGUGUACGUGGAUCAAGACGCAUCGGCAGCUAGAGCCAAUGGCCACAACAUGCCGUAUGCAGCCUCAGUGUCGUCCGAUGCCGAGACAAACAGCGGCAGUCGGCUCCCGUCAUCCGCUAGAGGGACGGGCAUGUUCAAGAGCCGAUACGCAGAUCACCCCAAUUGUGACAUUUGCACAUUGGCUUUUGACGUCACCAAGCGACGACAUCAGUGUCGCGCCUGCGGUCGCUACAUCUGCGGCAAUUGCUCGCCCCUGAUGCUUUUGAUCCCGGAAGGAAACCAGAUCGAUGGUGCGAAGGGCUAUGAUCCGUCCGCUCCGCAGCGUGCGUGUUUGCAUUGUGCGCCCAGUUUGCAUCCGCAACAACAAGAAUUGGUGGCACGAUAUGCGAGGUCGAAUAAUGCCGAAAUGGUACCACAUGAAGCCAAGUCGAGAUUGCACGUGCCGUUCUCUCCCUCGUUGGAGCAGGAGUGCACGAACGCAGCAGAUAUUAUUGGCAACUUCUUUCGGAAUGACUCGGGCGCGUCCGGGGAUCGAUCGAUCCCGAUUGCAAUGCUUGAACGCGCACACGGGUUGGCCAUUAUGACGAUAGUCAAAGCCGGCUUCUUCGUUGUUGGCAAGGUUGGUACGGGAAUCGUGCUGUCGCGUCUGUCUGACGGCUCUUGGUCUGCGCCCUCGGCUAUCGGCACGGUAGGGCUUGGUGGUGGCUUUGAGUUCGGAGGCGAGAUUGUAGAGGUCAUGAUAAUUCUAGGCUCGCCAGCGGCUGUACAGGUCUUCCACUCGCCCCAGGUGAAUUUGGGCGCAGGCUUAGACGUCGCUGUCGGCAUGUACGGACGAUCGGCAGCAGCUGCAGCAGCGUUCAGCAGCACGGGGCUCAAUGGUAACUACAGUUACUCGAUCAGCAAGGGCCUGUAUGCCGGAAUAUCACUGCAAGGUUCUGUCAUUUCAGCUCGCAAUGAUCUGAAUCGCAAGUUUUACGGACAGGAUCUGGAACCAAGUGCGUUGCUUUGCGGGGCUGUGGACCAACCAGUGGCUGCGAAGCCUCUGUACGAUGCACUCGAUCGCGCCAUGCGUGGCGUUGUGGAGCAUAAGGAAGUGCUCGCUGAGAGGUCUCGCAUGAUGGGACCAUGCCGCGCAUGCAACUGCCAGGUCUUUGAGUCCCACGUUCACCAGGUUUGGAACAAGAAAUGCAAGACGUGCGACCAUGUUCACUAA